GUCGCUCACGAGAAAAUUAAGAAAAAAAGAAUCCUUCUCGUUUUCUUCCCCAGUCGCCCUCUUCUUCCCGUAGGCCGUAGCUUCGCCGUGCCGCACCAAGCAGAAGAGACCUCGCCGCGAAGCUAGCCAUGAUCUCCGCGGAGAGGAGCCAGUCGCAGAGCCCGCGGUCGCCGUCGGCGGCGGCGGCGGCUGGGGCGCCGUUCCUGUCCAUAUCCGUCACGGAUCCCGUCAAGAUGGGCACCGGCGUCCAGUCCUACAUCUCAUAUCGCGUCAUAACCAAGACUAACCUACCUGAAUUCGAGGGACCAGAGAAAAUUGUUAUCCGACGCUAUAGUGAUUUUGAGUGGUUGCACGAUCGGUUAGUUGAGAAAUACAAAGGCUUUUUCAUACCUCCCCUACCAGAGAAGAAUGCUGUUGAGAAAUUCCGCUUUAGCAAAGAGUUCAUCGAAUUGAGGCGCCAAGCUCUGGAUCUGUUCAUCAACCGAAUAGCUUCACACCCUGAACUUAAGCAAAGUGAAGAUUUCAGGAUAUUUUUGCAGGCAGAUGAAGAGAAAAUGGAUAGAGCAAGGUCUUUUGAGACUGGUAUAUUUAAGAAGCCAGCAGAUUUCAUACAGAUGUUUAAGGAUGUACAGUCAAGAGUCAGUGAUGUUGUUCUGGGAAAAGAAAAGCCUGUGGAAGAAUCUACUCCUGAAUAUGAGAAGCUUAAACAUUAUAUAUUUGAGCUAGAAAAUCAUUUAGCAGAGGCCCAGAAACAAGCAUUCCGCCUUGUGAAAAGGCACAGAGAACUUGGGCAAUCUUUGGCGGACUUUGGGAAGGCGAUUAAGCUUCUAGGUGCUUGCGAAGGGGAUUCCUUGGAAAAGGUGUUUUCUGAAGUUGGUUCGAGGUCAGAGAUGUUGUCAAUAAAGCUUCAAAGAGAGGCAGACAACCUUCUCUUUAACUUUGAAGAGCCUUUGAAAGAUUAUGUGCGUGCAGUGCAGUCAAUAAAAACAACUAUGCUUGAUCGAGCCAAUGCUUUCAGGCAGCACUUUGAUUUGGAUCAGGAGAGGAAGUAUAAAGAGCUUAACCUAGAAAAAUUGAAGUUCAUGAACCCUGAGAAGUUCUCUGAAUCGGAAAUGGAGUUCAACGAGUUGAAAGCAGCCAGUGAGGAGGCUACAAAGAGGUUUGAGCACAUAGUUAGUGUAAUGAAUGGUGAGCUUGCACGAUUCCAGGAGCAGAAAACAGCUGAUAUUGGACUUGCCUUCCAUGAAUUUGCGAAAGGUCAAGCAAAGUUAGCGAAAGAUAUUGCUGAUGCUUGGCGCAGCGUCCUCCCAAAGCUGGAAGCUUGUUCCAUGUCAUAAAUUUAAUCUGUGUUGGCCUGUGAUGUUUGAGAUAGCAGUCGGCCCUUGAGUUUUAGGCUGAUUUUUUCCAGUCCAAUUUGACAGCGAUUCCUGUAUACUCAAAAGUGAUUGUCGAAGUGCUCCGGUUGUUAUAUUGAUACCGUUUCUUGCUGUGUGAGUGUGUACUCUGUAACACCAAUUAGUCUAACUACCUGAAUCCCUCAAGAAGUAUCAUCAAUAAAGGAGAAAGAAUUGUGGACA